AAAAAAUGAGGGCCUCUAUUUAUAAUUGGAGAGUGGUGCCUGAAGACUGUAACGAACUCCCAAGACUCUUUCUUUCUUUCUGAAGAAUCAGAAUCAGUGUCAAUGGCGGAUCUCAGGUCAAAGUUCAUGAACGUCUACUCUGUUCUGAAAUCUGACCUCUUGGAAGACCCUGCCUUCGAAUUCACUGAUACCUCUCGUCAAUGGGUCGAGCAGAUGCUGGACUACAAUGUGCCUGGAGGAAAGCUGAAUCGGGGAUUGUCUGUUAUCGACAGCUACCAGUUGCUGCAACAUGGAAGGGAAUUGACUGAAGAUGAAAUCUUCCUCGCCAGCGCUCUUGGUUGGUGCAUCGAAUGGCUCCAAGCAUUCUUCCUGGUUCUCGAUGACAUGAUGGAUGGUUCUCACACACGGCGUGGCCAACCUUGCUGGUUUAGAUUGCCCAAGGUUGGUCUGAUUGCAGCAAAUGAUGGAGUUCUACUUAGAAACCAUAUUCCAAGGAUUCUCAAGAAGCACUUCAGGCAAAAGCCAUAUUACGUGGAUCUUCUUGAUUUGUUCAAUGAGGUGGAGUUUCAAACAGCGUCAGGUCAGAUGAUAGAUUUGAUCACUACCAUUGACGGAGAAAAAGAUCUAUCCAAAUACUCGUUGGCAAUUCACCGCCGUAUUGUUCAGUACAAGACUGCCUAUUACUCCUUUUAUCUUUCGGUUGCAUGUGCAUUGCUUAUGUCAGGUGAGGAACUGGACAAGCAUAUUGAUGUAAAGAACCUCCUUAUUGAUAUGGGGAUCUACUUUCAAGUACAGGAUGAUUAUUUGGAUUGUUUUGGUGAUCCGGAAACAAUUGGAAAGAUAGGAACAGAUAUUGAAGAUUUCAAGUGCUCUUGGUUGGUUGUGAAAGCUUUGGAACUUAGCAACGAGGAACAAAAGAAAACACUACAUGAGAACUAUGGAAACCCUGACCCAGCAAAGGUCGCCAAAGUAAAGGCCCUUUACAAAGAACUCGAUCUUCAGGGUGUGUUUGCGGAGUAUGAGAGGCAAAGCUACGAGAAGCUGACGAGUUCUAUUGAAGCUCAUCCAAGCAAGGCAGUGCAAGAAGUGUUGAAGUCCUUCUUGGGUAAGAUAUACAAGAGGCUGAAGUAAAAAUGUGGGUCAUGGAACUUGGAAGGAACGAGUACUUGGACAGAGCUUGAGAAGGGCAUGGCAGGCUAACCGGAAGAUAUGAACGAUUCUGGGAUGUCUAAUUUGUUUCUGAUUUGUGCUUGCAAUUGAAAUUCCUGACAAGGGAAUUCCAUUUUUUGUUGUAUUUGUAUCUUCGAUCUGAAUAAACAUUGCUUAGCUGAGUGUUGAAUAAAACAAGAUAAUUGAUGAUUCUAAUUUUGGAA